AGAAAUUACACUGGCACCCACUCUUCCACCCAUUUCUAGGCUUUACAGCUGAUUCGACGCUUUGAAACUCCUUUUCCUAUUCAUCACCUCCACGCUAGGCUGGCAAUGGCGACUCACGCUGCCGACAGCUCGUCUACGCCGCUCGGCGUUUCUAACCUGGCCCCAAGGAUCAGCGAUUUUAUGAUGCACGCGGAGCCACAUAUCAAAGAGUUCGUUGAUAUCCCAGCAUAUCCCAGUUAUCUACCAUGGUCCCCAGCAGACCGGUUCCAGCCCCUUCAGCCAAACAUUGAAAAAUUCCUCAAUGACCUCAACCUCCCAGCUUCCUCUGACAACCCUCAUAAACCUGACCUUCUCCUUCACGAUUUGGGAUCUCAAGCAAGUGAAGCCCUUUCGGGUUCCCUGUCUUCGGUUUUUCAGCAGAACAGUCAUACAAUGCUCGUCAACGUUUCUGGGUCGGGAAAAACGAGGAUCGUGUUGGAGGGCCUAUUGCGUCACUGGGGUUUAUACUUUGUUUGCGAGGAGGAAGGUACGGGUAUUGGGUCCAAGGACCUAAGCGAGGCGUUAGCCAAUGUUACCGGUGACAGCAAGUUCACAGAGGAUGUGCAAUCCCUGCGCUUUCUGUCGAGCUCAGAAUUUAACGAUGCUCUCAGGGUUAAUCGGGAAAUAGCAGCUUUACGGUUCAACGAGGUUCUACUCGCUCGCCUCGUCGUGUUCAAUCAAUUUCUCAAAUGCGUGGAACAUCACCGAGGCCAGCAAAAUAGCCCCCUUUCCAUCUACCUCCGAAAAUGGCUUUAUUUACAGCUUCACCCACGCUUGAUUCUUCAGGGCAACGAGUCUAAAGACUUGUUUAGGUCAUUAAUAAAGUCAUUUGAACCCAUAUCAGAAAAGCAAUCCCUCAAACAGGAGAUCGAAUGUGUCUGUCGGUCAGUUCGGGAGAAGUUAGUCAGGCUAACAGGACAGCCUAACUUCUACGUGGUGAUAGAUGAGGCCCAAGUAGCGGCAUCCAGCUGCCUAGAUGCAUUCAUGUCAUACAAGAUGCUCACACCUCAACCUAUACUCCAAGAAAUCGUCUAUCAAUGGACAACGCUACUUCCGAAGAAACCCACUGCGAGAUUUAUUGUGACAGGGACUGGUGUCUCUUUGAGGGAUUUAGAAGAAACUGUAGCCUCUAGCGCCUUCAAAUACAGUCCACAUGCCAUCGCGGUCACAAGUGACACUGGCGCUUUUGACUCACAAGAAAAUCAGAAGGCAUAUAUCAAGAGAUAUGUGCCCCCCGAAAUUCUGGCGACAGAUAUGGGUGGAAAGCUUUUGGACAGGAUGUGGUAUUGGCUUUGUGGUCGACAUCGUUUGACUGCAUCGUUUCUCUCCUGCUUAAUCGAGAACUGUUUCUACAAACCUCAUCAAUUAUUAGACAUCUUCAUCGGUAGACAAGGAGCGUUUCCACCUCAAGACUACGACGCAACUUCGAUGCCGGAUAUAAAUUAUUCAUUAUCUUCCGCAACCUGCCAUAUUUUACCCGACUUUCAACCCAUCACAAUUGAACGGAUCAGCGACGCUUGCCUCCGUGACUCUGUUUUGGAAGCGGUAUAUGAGUACAUAUUAACCUCCAAGGCGGAAUCAUCCAUCCUGGGAUUAGAUGGUUCUACACUGAUGCAGCUGGGAAUUGCCCGAGUUCCGUCAUACGAUAUGAUGAACAGCGUUCAUAUGGAUGAACCAUUGAUACUCCUAUCCAUUCUGAAGUGGGCCAACAACCCACAUCCUGUCCGCAACUGUCUUUCUCUCUAUAGACACGUCGCUGGCGGUCUUGAUGCUCAUAGGAUAGCAGGCUCCAGCAAUGGAUUCGAGCACUACUCUGUCCAUUACUUGGCCAUAGUCUUCAGUGACUAUAUAGCACUCGACCAGGUUUUCGACUUCCGAACAGCCAGCCAUCCUUUGGCUGGCCGUCGAGCAAAACUUGUUGCGCUCAAAGCUUACACCCGGCCGGACGGAAGUGUUUACUACGAGGAGGGAAUCACCAAGAUCAGUCCUGAAGGACACAUUAUUGGUUGUGCGAGCAGUCUCGGACGACGUUAUGAUCGCAAGGAUCCUAAGGGCGACUUCAAGCGUUGGCUUCGCUUCGAACACUCUGAACCCUUUUAUCUCCCCGAAAAUCUUGCGGCUGCAGAUAUCAUGUUUGUUCUCAAACUUGAAGAGACCAAUGACUCUCCCGCUUCAUACAUUUGGGUAGUUUUUCGAUGCAAAUUGCGUCCGGGAACACCAGCUUUGCCUGAAGAACCACAUAACAUUCCGGGCUACACAGAUCCCAGGGUGUUGUACCUUGACAACGCUACCUUAACAGAGGCAAUAGACAUGACAACUCCUAGGCUAUUUAGCUUACACACGAGCGAUGACGAUCGUUUGAAUGAAAACGAGUCAAGAAGCUCAAGAGCUAAGCCUUCCAAUAAUCAAACACAACAGGCGGCCGAGCAAAAACGCCGGGAACAGCGUAAUGAGGUCUUGACUGCCAUGGAACAGCUUCCUGGUCGUGCUCCGCCUGAGAUAGCCGGAAUUUACAGCUGCCUGCGAGUUGUUAGUUCCUGGCCUGCAAUCUGUGAUUUCUCGCGCUUAGAGGCACCCGGAUGCAAGUCUGUGUGGGAGGACCCAGAUCGCAACGACGGCCAUCCUCUGGCGUCGCUGAAUCGGGAUACGUUUGUGAACUGUACUAGAACGCUCCGCCCGACAAAUGCUCUCUCGCACUACGAGAUGUCCAAACGCACUUAUGCGUUACAAGAGGUUCAUACGAUUCGGCCGUCAUCGGGAAUGCAAGAAGCGGCCUUACACCUCCAGGUUACCGAGUCGCAGGAGUCCCAGCGUCAAGCAUCGCAACCGGGGCGCGAAGUGGAUUAUGGUAUUGAGCUCGAUGACGGGACUUCUCGUCACAGUCAAGACAUCGACACAUCGAUUCCUUCCUCGUCGCUUGUGGUCAGAACGGUUUCCAGGCAACAGGCACCAUUCACGGCUAGCCCGCCGAGUAUCGCAUCCACAUCAGGGGGGAGUACGACAGCACAGUCAGUGCAUAAUUCGGAGUCUCGGUCCACGGCCAAAAGUCAAAAGCUACGGGCGAGUCAGUCAAGCAAAGCUUCACAAACGGGAAAGAAGCGUACAACCAAAAGAGUUGAGAAGGAAAUGGUGGUAUCUGAAACGAGGAAAGGGAAGCAACCGCAGGCUUUUGCGACUCCAAUUUCACGUCCACCUCCUAGGAGGUCGGCAAGAAUAACAACGCAGGAGCAGAAACAGUAA